AUGUUCGCAAGAAUUUUAAAUUCAGCACUUGCAUUUACUUUGCUUAUUUUCUGCGAAAUUUGUUUGAACCUCGGACAAGAGCUCGUAGGGAAUGAAGGUCAAAGUUUGACGUCAACAGAGACGACACGGACGCCAGUUGAAUCUUCUGAGGAUAGUCACGAGUGGAAUGAAGACUUGGAAAGUAGAUUAGAAAGAUCCAGGGCCGCGCGCCUAAAUCAUCUCCGUCAGCACGUGCUGGAUUCCCUAGGCUGGACGAGCGUUCCGAAUAUAACCGCCGAGGAGAAACGAAGAUUGCUGAGUGGAAUGGGCUACCAAACUCCCGUCUUUGUCACACGACAAAAGUUCUGCUACUAUCCUGUCUGUGAUCUCCCAACGAUAUAUCUCCCCGACUACGUCAACCGUUCCAUCUGGUUCGACACGGGUUCAAGACAUAUUCGCUACUUCUUUGACAUCCCUUCCUCUUCCGAUGACCCGAAUCUCGUGAUCACUUCCGCCGUAAUUCGGUUGCAUCUUAAACGUAGAGAAGACUGUCCCUGUGCCUAUGAUGCGGACCACAGCACCUCCAGGCUUCACAUAAAAAUCUACCAAUACCGAAAACCGAUACGAUCCCACGCCAGAUGCAAGUUAUAUUUUCAAUUUCUUGUAUAA